AUGGAAAAUAAAUCUAAUGCAAAUUCAAUUUGGACCGAACGAUUGAAAAUAAAUUCAUUGAAAAAAAAAUGGAUAAGUUUAAUGUCUCAAAGCAAAAUAAAUGAAAUAGAAAAACUUUUAGCUGGUGCAAACAAUGCAUUGAAAGUCAGGUUUAUUAAAUUGGAAUCGGAAAAAAGUUUGAGUGAUAUACCGAGAAUUAAUUCGGAUGAGAUGAUUCAGUUGCCCUGUAAUAAAAGUAAAGAAAACUUUAAAGACGAAAAAGAUCGAAUCAAAACAGAUUUACAAGUAUUGCAAAAAGAUGUGGCAGAUUUAAAAGAAGCCAUGCAAAAUCUUAUAAUUAAAAGUUCGAAAAAUCCUAGGAGACGAUUUCCGUAG